AUAUUUGUUUGUUUAUCCCCAUAUAAUGUCAUGCAUUGGCAAAUAUUGCCCAUUAAUAGAUGUUGAUGUUAUUGGUUGAUGGAGUUGAGGGAAAUUUAUUUACUUAUGAGGGGAUAAAGAUCCUCUACACAGUGUGUUUGGGAGGCGGCGGGGAGGCUAUAAUCUUUAAUGUAUAAAUAUAUAACAACUUUAAAAUAUAUAAUCACGAGGACAUAGAUGUAGUUACAUGUUUUGAACUUUAAAAUUGCACUGUUUGCUCAUUGUAGCAUGUCCAUUCCUUCUUAAAAUACAAAUUUACACAGACAAAUCUCGUCAGCAAGUUGACAUAAAUGAGAAAAGAUCUGUAUCUGGUGUUUAGAUCACAAGUCAAGAAAUGGUUGAGUGGAAAAAUACUGUAUUGUACAUACUAUGGAUGUUGACACAUUUCCAUUGUUUUGAGGGGUAAGAAUAAGGUUUUGUCACCAAAAUACUUUCCAGUCCACCUCUUUGUGAUAGCAUGGCUCCCUUUUCAGGCCAUUAAUGGAAUAACAUCUGUUUAUCUGACUGAGCAGUCAUGGGAAGAGUGCAAAAUGCAGAAUGAAGACAACACAGCUCAUACCAUGAGCUUAAUAAAUGUUUCUUUGGCUACUAGAAUGUAUUUACUUUGUUGUCUUUACUGAACUUUAGUGACAGAUAUGGAUGAGGUCGGAAAGGAAUGAGUAUUGUACUUCCUGGCAAAACUUCCAGAGUUUAAUCUGAUAUCCCUAUAUAUUAUAGCCUAGCGUUGGUUAAACCAGACAGCAAAUCAACACACAAUCAGCUGCAUGUUGACAUGGAUGAUCUAUUUCAGGCCCAGUACAGCAGUGUAAAGUUAUAUAAAUUAAGUGUUCAGGUUGUAACAUUGGAAAUAUGCUUUUACCUCCAAGAUUGAAUCUCCAUGGAAUGCCACAAUUUAGGCUAGACAUUUUGAAAUACAAUUUUCAUCUUAAGAACUUGAGCACAUGUUGGCUGUGAUGAAAUAAUAAUGGAUUGUUAUGUUCCCUCUUUGAUUCCAGUAAGUGGCAAGUGAAAAGAACCAUAUGCUUGACUGAUGAUGCAUAUGAUAGUCUUUAUUUUUUGGUAGAUGACAAGGUGUAAAUUAGUAGAAAAAUGGAUAGCAUUAAGAAAGAAACAGAUCUAAAUCUCAUAAUCUACAUGAAUGCAUUCACUAAUGGGUUGCACAGCUGAGGGACUAUCAUAUAUCAUAGUGAAUGUCUUUAGUAGCUUUAUAGUCAUCUUUUCGUAGGUUGUAUUUUUGGCCAAAACAAUUAUUUGAUAUUUUUGUGUUUACACAGAAGUUCAUGUUCAAAAAGAAAACUACACUGAGAAUUAGGCUAUUGACUGGAGUAAGAUGAGGGACAACUAGCCUCAAUCUCCCCUAAAUGUAUAAGCAAAAGGGCAGUAUUUGUAGCAAACUGCAUGGACUACUAUUUCUGCAUAGUGAAAAUUAAUUUUACUUUUAGCAUGUUAAAGUAGGGCUACUGUGUUGCAAUAUAACUUUGCAUAAACUUACAGCAUUUGAGGUCUUUUCAACAGUAGAUGGCAGUGCGCGCGCAUUAAAUGGGGGACCAUUGUGCAAAAGAUGGUACAGCAUGAAAACCAACUUCAAAUCAAAAUGGUCUUAUUGACCACCAAUUCGUCUAUUUAUGUUAUUAUUCUUAUUUAGAAGAAGACUAUUUGUCAUUGUCAUAUAAAAAAAAAAUAACAAUACAAUUUUGCUAAGAAAAUUCUUAGCAAAACAGAAUAAGUGGACACCUUUCAUUGUUUAAUGUUAGUUAAGCUCAUUCGGUUUUGCAUAAUUUAUUUAUAUUAAAUGGCAUUCUGGCAAUAAUAUUAGUCCACAGACAUUGGUGUUGGGGAUUUGAAACAAACGUUACCGCUUCGAAAUAUCUUUCCAACUGGGGGCGCUCUUUGAAUACUAAGCAACAGGCAUUCAGUGUUACUCACAUACAAGAUAUUAACACUAUCUAAAGAGCAAAGGGGAGUUUCCAAAGUCAUCAAGUCCAUCCAACUUUGCCAUUUUCGGCCAGAGACCACUGAAAAUGACUCCCAAGAAGACUGCCGCUCCCUUCCUAUGGUUUUCCUUUUGCUUUGGGAAUAUUAUUGAGGCAGUGGUGCUGGGAUCGGUGGAGUACCCCUCUGAUAACGGGCUUCACUCACAUCUGGAUGCGCGCGGUCCUGCAGAAGCCAGCACGAGCUCCCGGAACGACUCCACAUCUGUUCAUGUUCCGUCUUACAUGAUCUCUCUGUACAGGACUCUAUCGGAACUGGACCGACGGGGAGGCAACGGCAGCCAGACGCGCUCCAGGAGAUAUGCCAACACAGUGACCAGCUUCAUGGACCUGGGACAAGACGAGCCUUCCCUAAAGUUCAAUCAGCAGUACACAUUCGACCUGUCUAGUCUCUCAAGACUGGACGAACUGAUGGAGGUGGAGCUGCGGGUUCUGAGGAGGCCACCGCCUGAUGUCUUAAGUUUACUCUCCCGUGGUGGGAACCUGUACCGACUUCUCCUUCACACCUGCUCCCUCCCGGGAUCCUUUCACCAACCUCUGCUCCUCACCUCUAGGACCAUUGAUCUUCUAGAUACCGCUUCAGCCACAUGGGAUGUGUUUGAAGUCGGUGUGAGCGUGAAGACCCAUCUCAAGUUGCACAGGACCGUGGAAGGCAGCAGGCCAUUGUGUUUCAGCAUAUCCGCCGUUUCUGAUUCAAAUAAUGAAGCUGUGCAUCCCGGAAUGCUGGGUCUGAGCCAUGAGGAUCAGCAGACCCAUGAAAGAGCCUUACUGGUAGCCUUUUCUCGAGCUCGGAGGAAGGAGAACCUCUUUAGGGAGAUUCGCGAGAAGAUAAGGGCCAUGAAAAGUCGUAAAUUUCCUGCACCGGAGCAUGAUAUUAAAAGUCAUCCAAGGCAUCGGCGGAGGAGACGGACAGCACUAGCAGGCCGUCCUGGUGUAGGACCUGGUACUGGGGGUGGCGGUGGCGGCGGCGGAGGAAAGGGAGGUGGCAGACGGAGAACGCGCUGCAGCCGGAAGCCACUUCAUGUGAACUUCAAAGAACUGGGUUGGGACGACUGGAUUAUUGCGCCACUAGAUUACGAAGCUUAUCACUGUGAGGGUUUGUGUGACUUCCCGUUGCGCUCACACCUGGAACCGACCAACCACGCCAUCAUCCAGACUCUCAUGAACUCCAUGGACCCAGAGUCCACCCCUCCGAGCUGUUGUGUUCCUUCUAAACUCAGUCCCAUCAGCAUCCUGUACAUUGACUCGGGGAAUAACGUAGUUUAUAAACAGUAUGAGGACAUGGUGGUGGAGAGUUGUGGUUGCAGGUAGCAGUGUGAGCGAGGGGUGAGCUACCCCUGGACCCUAUCCGAAAGCUGCCGCUGCCUCAUACGCAGAGGCCAAGCACUGCAUUGUGGGCAAGAUGAAGCAGUCAGAGCUGGUGUGUAAAUGUGUGACAAAGAGCAUGUGUGUAUGUUCAGAUGGUGAUAAGACAUUGAGUUGUGUUUUAGAAGCGAGCGGAGGACAUGUGUGCCGAACAGCUCCAAAUUCCCUUACAACACCAAAUAAACAACUCCUCAACAGAAAAUGAGUGAAAACCUAGGCUUUCCAGAAAUUAUUUUACAUCCUGUUAAUGUAAACUCAGUGAUAGAGUGUUGAAGUAUCCUUGCAGCAGGCGUAGAAAUGUUGGCCCCGUUAAGACUCAGAGUCGGAGAAUCUGUCAGCGGUAGCACGCAGCUAUAAAGUAUAUAACAGUAAAGGUGCUUCUCAUGACAGUCAGCUUAUAUUCAAGAUGAAGCUCUGAAGAUUUCGAUGGUACCUCUGAAAAUGUUUCUCUGAGGAGUCUAGUGGCCUUAAUCAAAUAUGGCAUUGACUGAGUGAAAGUUAAAACUUUUGACUCCAUUCUAAAUCUAAGGGGUCAAAGUGUAGCUGGUUAGCAUGGCCUCAUUAGCUCCUGCUGGUAGAUGUCAUAAUUACACUAUGUGGCUGCAAAAACAGCUUUCUUAAUUGUCGGCCAUUCAAAAAAGCUGUACAUUCUAAUUGAACACAUUUUUAAAAGCAACAUUUAAAUGACAGACCUUUAUUUAUAUUAAAGCAGGUGUUAUACCAAACUUUUUAAAGUGUAAAACUGGCAAUUUUUAGGAUAAUCACUAGUAAAGGAUUUGGGACUGUGCAUGUGUGAUCCCAUCAGUCACUUUGUCACAUUGUCAUGACAUCAUUUUCCUGCAGCUUUAGAGUGAUUAGUCACAUGGCAUUUAUGGCUCAAGAGAUUGGCUCAAAAACUAUGGGUCCAGAACAAAGAUUUAAAAUUGCAUACUUCUAAGAGGCCUUGUCAUACUAACUGACAGCUUUCUCCUAGUACCUAGACCUCCUUAAUCAUAUAUACACAGUACGGUUUUCCUUUUUUGAACUUUAGAUGCUUCUAGAACCAAUAGACACAUGUAAUAAUUGAGCACGACAGUUCUGAAUUUUAUAUCAAGACAACCCACCAACACUUGAUGUACAAAGGUGGAAAUCAGGCUUCUUUUUUCUAUAUUGACCCACAUAAAAAAAAAAAGGAUUAUGUUUAGCCAUUGUUUAGCCAACCCGAUCUCCCAGCAAUUCGUACGUAUUUUACAAGGUGGCUAAUUCGUACGAAUUCGUACGACCUCACUCGUACAAAUUCAUAUGUUUUUUGCUAAAUUGUACGUAUUUUACGAGUUGCCAAAUUCUUAUGAAUUCGUACGAAUGACCUACCCCUAACCCCGCCCCUAAACCUACCCGUCACUGGGGUUUAGACAAAUCGCAUGAAUUGGUAUGAGUGAGGUCGUGUGAAUUCGUACGAAUUAGCCACCUCGUAAAAUACGUACAAACUGGUCGUGAGAUAGCAUUGUGUUUAGUCAAAGUCCCUUUAAGACAAGUCAUUUCACUCGGUGGCCAUCUUUGAAACGCCU